AUGUCACCAGGGGGCCAUGCGGCUUGCUUACAGUCGGGAAGUAGAGGCACUUCCUCCUUCCUACCUCUCCUUGUUCCGAAACCCCGUCUGUUGAAACAGAUCUUUUCAAUGGGGAUCCAGAGGCCUGUCAAAGCUCCGAAACACUGACUUCGUUUGAGGAAGAGGAGGUUAGACCCAAAGCGGCGGCGAAUGUCAGCCGGAUCGCUUCUGAAAGCCUCUCAGAUUUAGUGCGUAAAAAGAAAAAGUGACCGGAGUGAAAAUAACAAUGGCUGCGACGUAGCGCAACUUCUGGAUCCAGGGGUGGAUGAUCAAGAGUCGGACUCAGUCGGUGCUGCUGGUUGGUGACUUUAUUUUUUCGGACUAGAAGGAGACUUGGAGGACGACUUUCAGCAUGAAGAAGCAGUUCAAUCGCAUGAAGCAGCUGGCCAACCAGACUGUUGGAAGAGCUGAAAAAACAGAAGUCCUGAGUGAUGACCUCCUUCAGAUCGAGAGGCGGAUGGAAUUGGUGCGCUUGGUGUCGCACAACAUGCACAAGAGGCUGGUGUCCUGUCUGCAGGGUCAACUUGGCACCGACACAGAGAAAAGACAUAAAAAGCUGCCGUUGACGGGGUUGUCACAGACCAUGCAGGAAGGCGGAGCUCAGCUAGGAGACGAGGGCCUGAUUGGCAAGAUGUUGGAGUUGUGCGGGGAGACCGAGAGCCGGUUAGCCACCGAACUUAUGCAGCAUGAAUUGCAGAUCGAAAAAGAUAUCCUGGAUCCUCUCAACCAGCUGGCAGAGGUGGAGAUUCCUAACAUACUGAAACAGAGGAAGCAACUUGCCAGGCUAGUUCUGGAUUACGAUUCGGCCAAGACGAGGUGGUAUCAGGCAACAAAGUCCAACAACCAGGCCAUGGCAGCUAAAGUAGACUCACUCAAGGAUGAGAUGGAUGAGGCUCUCAAUAAAGUAGAAAUAUGCAAGGACCAGCUGUCUGCAGACAUGUACAACUUUGCCUCAAAAGAGGGAGACUAUGCACGCUAUUAUAUCAUGUUAUUAGAGGCCCAGGCCGAGUAUCACAGGAAGUCUCUGUCAGCUCUGGAAACGGCUCUUCCUACCAUCCAAAUACAGCAAGAUACAUGCAUUGAGAAGCCAGCGUUUGGCACGGCGUUGGAGGAACACCUGAAGAAGAGCAAUCGAGAGAUCGCUCUACCCUUAGAGGCCUGCGUCAUGAUGCUGCUGGAGACCGGCAUGAGGGAAGAGGGACUCUUUCGGAUUGCUGCUGGAGCUUCAAAACUUAAAAAGCUGAAAGCAGCACUGGACUGCUCCACUUCGCAACUUGAGGAGUUCUACUCAGAUCCACAUGCAGUCGCUGGAGCUCUGAAGUCUUACCUCAGGGAACUACCUGAGCCUCUAAUGACGUUUAGCAUGUAUGAUGAGUGGAUACAGGCCUCCAACAUUUCUGACCCCGACAAAAGGCUUCAGGCUCUCUGGGUGAUAUGUGACAAUUUGCCAAAGGCUCACAAAGCUAACUUUAGGUAUUUGGUGAAGUUCCUGGCUAAACUGGCUCAAGAAAGUGAGGUCAAUAAAAUGACUCCCAGUAACAUCGCCAUUGUCUUGGGGCCCAACCUGCUGUGGGCAAAAACAGAGGGGACGCUGGCAGAGAUGGCAGCAGCUACGUCUGUCCAUGUUGGGGCCAUCAUAGAACCCAUCAUCCAACAUGCUGAUUGGUUCUUUCCUGGAGAGGUGGAGUUCAAUGUUUCAGGCAUGUUCUCCAUGCCCAGCCACCCGCCGACCCCAGACCUGGAGCCUGGGCUGGACAGGAAGCGCCCCGGCAGCACCGGGCAUGAAGGGGAUGCUCACACGCCCCGUAAAGACAGCCCUGUUAACAAACAUCCGGAGCCCGCUCCACGCAGAAUCGGCACUGUAAAUAGAAAGCAGACACAACUAACCUCACCCACCUUCCAACCCUCACUGCCUCCUCUGGAAGCUGAGGGUUCCUCCCAGUCCGAGCUGCAGUCCCCCCAGGUUCAGUCGCCAGGUCCAGAGGCUCAGCAGCCGGGUCUGAACACCGCUGCUGCUGCUGCUGGUGGUGAUGGAGGCGGUGAGGCUCAUGGGGGUGGGGUCCAGGCAGCCUCAGUGCAGCCUCAGGAUGUAAGGCAGCCCAGCACAGAGGACAGCAGCCAACCCCGGGAACCCUUGUCCACCCCUCCUCAGCAGAGGAAUGGUUCACCCCAUCUUACAGUCGGGACCCCACAUUCUCAGGGUGGGUCAAGAGGGCCGAGCCCACAUAUGGUCCGCAGAGGCACCAAAAAGCAGGCACCAGCUCCGCCCAAGCAGCCCAGCCUGUACGCCUCUCAGUCCAGCAGCCCCCAUCCUCCAGGCUCUCCCAGUCACCCACCCCUCACAGCCCGUCGUCACUCCAGCAAAGAUUUCAUCCAAGCCCCAAACCACCCACCGCCACAGCCUCCUCAAGCCCACCAGCCAGCCCAAGGAGACCCCUCGCCCCCGACAACUCCCACUCCGCCUGAUACUCCGCCACCGUACGCCACUGGAUCUCUGCCCCGCCCCUCCAGGCCCGCCCCAAAGCCAAGAGUGCGACCCAGCAUGCCGCCGCCACCACAGCCCGUAUCUAAUGACAACGGUAAUGGCAUCUGCAGCUCUGCAUCCAAGAUCAUAACAGAUGGAAACCUGAUUGUGAAGGGGAUCACAAGAGCUUUUGUCCCUCAGGUGAUCAAGGAGCAAGAAGCGAAGGGCUCUGCUGGUCAAGAGCCCACCUCCACCCUGCACCCAACCCCCCAAAUCAAGGCAGAGAGCACUGCUCUGUAGAAUGCGCUCCAGCUUUUAUUGUUCAUUUAAGACAAGGCACCAGUUCUGCUUACAGGAUGCCAACAGCUUCUUUUUAUAUAGAUAUAUAUAUUUUGUCUGCUCCACCGAGUCAAACCAGAAGCCUUGUCAUACAGUGGUGGCUUAAACCACAAAAACCCAUGUGCAGCCAUCACUUCCAACAUUGAACUCUUUUUGCUGUACGCUCUGCUGGGUGUCUAAAAAUUGAAUUGCAGAGCCAAAGUUUAAAGGACCUGAGUUAUAUAGCAGCUUAACAAAGGAAAAAAAAAAAGAAUGCUGGAGAAGUUUCACCUUUUUGUACCUCUCUUUGUUUUAUGCCAAAGUGUCAAAGCUAAGAAUCCUUUUGGAGACAAGCAUCUGAGUGCAGUUUUAGCUUUUGAUUUGAGAUUUUAACCUCUGACAUUGGAUUUGAAUUCAAACCGUCACUUAUUUAUCAUGAAGCUAAACUGAAUUUUCAUUUUCCAAAUUUGACUGUUUCAUCUGACAGAAUAAAAUGUUCACAGUCUGCAGGAUGGUAUUAAGAAAUAGCUAAAGGGCCAAAGAUAAUUAUGACUUGUUUAGCACAGAUUAAGAGUUGCGAUGACCAAAUACAUUGGGAAGGGUGCAAUAAGAGAUGCAGUUGUUUUCCGCUGAUGGCCUGUUCAGAGCUUGUUGCUGCAUUUUCAGGUGGUUUUACAGAGAUAUCUUGAAGAAUACAACAGGGUGAGGUUUGAUUGUCUCAUUUUUAAUCAGGAUUCCUUUUUGACGUCCACUAAGCUGAUUUUUAAAUGGGAAAAGUCCUAUUUGAGGAGUCAAUAUUUGCUCUUAUUAUUAAAAGGGACAAUCUUCUUUUUGUAAUCACUCUUACUCCAAAAUCAAAGCUUUGACCAAAUACAGAAAAAACAUUAAAAUCUUUAUUUUUUA